GGCGGUUCUAUAGCGCUUGACUGUUGCUAAGAGCUGUCGCCUAGCAACAAGUAAGCCAAACUUGCGCUUUUACGCAGUUUUUCCUCGGUUGCCUUACGGUAGUGACCAGUCAGCAGGACUCAGACGGGGCCCAGGAUCUUCGCGUGCCAACGGGCAAAGGAGUAGUUUUUAACUAGCCAUGAACAGCGAAUUUGUAACACUUCCUGUGACAAGGAGUGGAAGCUCUGUCAAAUUAAAAGCAAAAAAUAUACACAAACUGCGUGUGGAGAAUCUUCAGCUUGAAAUGCAAAACCAAGAGAUGCAGCAGAAAUUAAACCAGCUACGUCAGAGCAUGAGUAGAGAGAAAGAAGAACGAGAGCGAUCAAAUGGAUACCACUGGAAAUCUGGCCAAGCUGGGUAUCAGUUCCAUAAUCAAGAUAAAGAAAAUAUUGGAAAGAUUUCCUCUGGACAAAUAAAGUUUAAAGUGCUCAAAAAUCCAAUACCAGAGCCUGGGAAAGAGAAGCCAGUUUCUAGACCGACAAAUAUGACAGUGACUGAAAAACCUAAAAUAAAGGGGAAACCAUGUGGACAAUGUGAAUCGAAGAGUGCUUUAUUGAAAUGCCUGGAGUGCGGAGAAGAUUACUGUUCUGCGUGCUUUGCCAAAAUUCACCAGAAGGGGGCAUUGAAGCUUCAUAGAUCUACUCCUAUUCAGGCAUUUUAUUCCCCAUCAAGAAAACAAUCUGGCAGUGGUGGAUUAUUGAUGCAUGGGGAAUUCUGUGAAACGGAAUCAGCUAAAUCAUUUUCUGAUGCCUUAAUGGAAUGGAGGAAUAACCAAAAGAAACAUUCUGUACUGGACACGGAAAUGGGCAACUCAACUGAACAACUAUCUUCACUAACCUUCAAAGAUGGUGCAGACAUACUGUGCAAUUGCACAGGAAAUUCAGAGGCUCAAACAGUCAUGACCAUAGUUAAAAAGCCCUUUGAAGUGGAAUUUAAAGAAGAUGGACUCAACUACCUGGAGAAGCUGAUGCUUAAAAAACACAGACGAACUCCCGUUAAUCAUUUUGCCAGUAAGCCAUUAGAUAAAUGCAGAUAUUCUAGUACCUCAGUAUCAGACCAUGAACUGAAUGAUUUUGACGGCUUGACAGCCGAAGAAGUGGAAGAACACGAGCAAUACGUAGCUUUGUUUAAGCCAGAGAAGGAUGCCCCAGACAUGGUGACAUACGAACCAGCUCUAGAGAUCAUGGAAAUUGACGAGGAUCCAGAGGAAGACCGUGAAAAACCCAGAAGCUUUUCUGUGUCUGAGAGGAAACGUAAUGAAACCAUCCAAAACACUCCCUUAGAUACCGAACGUACACAAAGUACACUUAUUCAUGCCACUGUAUCAGACGCCUUACCUGUUCGAGCCGCAAACAAGAAACGGAAUGCUCCGCUGCGGUCUACUUACUCCGUUGGCAGAGAAAUUGGAUUAGAGUCUGCUGAAGGUGGAAGGCCCAUGUGCACUCAAAAUGCAAAAGCAUCACUGCAGGAGGACAGCAAAUCAAUCACGUACAAAAGCUUUAAUGACAGACCAAGUCCGGAUACAGCUUCUAUCGCAAACCUGCCCAAGGCGCUUGAGAGCAUUGGUCUUAGAGAAAAAAGCCCCGUAUCGGAAUACCAUGGGUUGGCAGGGUUUUUCAUUCUGGGCGUUGACCCAAAGGAAGUCAGACCUGAGCACCGGCGGCCGCAAACCUACGAACGCGGCAUAGAAACUAGCACGAUCUGUGCAGGUCAAAGCUACUGGAGACCAGAAAGUAGCUUAAGUGACUGUGCAGAUGAUAAUAUUGUCCAUGAGAUUGUUGAAAAGGCACAGGCUCAGUACCUGUGUAAUUUUAUGGAGCAAAGUUUUAGCCCCAGACCAUCCAGUCAGAGAUCAUUGCAGAGACCACUAACAGGGGGCCAUUACAAAAGACCUUCUUCCGCAAGAUCUACAUGGCAGAUUUCAGAGUCUAGCCGUACCCCACGACCUAGUUCAGCAACAAUACGGCCGUUAUCAAGAGCAGCCAGUGAAAUUUCCGAAAUAGAAUUCAUUGACUCAACAGAUAAUGAUGACCCUCUGUCUGAACUUACCGAAGAACAGAAAAUGUUGACUGUAUUGGGAAAAGAACUGGAUGCGUUAAGAUAUCUCCCAGGUAAUACAGAUGCUAACUACCCAGUGACCUCCAAUGGACCCGUUCAAAGCACCAGACGUGGCAAGUUAUCAACGUUGGAUGCUCAGUCUCCCUUAAUGGCACGUCUGCCUCCAAAUAGCUCGCACAUGAUUUCCAUGGAAUCCCUGCAAAGCUGUGAUGGAGAAAGUGAUUCAGGCGAAGAUGAAGAGAGCCUGCAGGACAAACUCAAUGUUCUGUCACUCCAGUAACCAAUCAGUGUUGAAAGAAAUAUUUUUAUUUAUCUCAGUUGGAUGGUGUUGUAUUAAAGUUUUUUUGUUUGCAUUUGUUUGGCAUUUUUAUUAGUCGCUUGGAGGAUUGUAUUGUAUUUUAUGUUUGUAUGUAUGGAUGGAUGUUUGUAUACAGAUGGUUAAGCCAUCUAAGUUCUAAAGUGCAGAAAGACUCACCUUCCACGAGGACCUCUGCCUGAAUAAAAAAUUACA